AUGAGCAGCCAAAGCGACCCCCGUCUCCUCUACUCGAUCGGAGGCAUCAGAGCCUACCAUAUUCAGCAGGGCGAGGAAUCCUCCCUCACGCCAUCUGGCGGACAAACACUGUCGUUGUUGAUGGUCCCUACCAAUUCGCCUUUCGCUGGCCUGAGCAACGCACAGGGUCAGAAUGAAGCUCCGGAAGAGGACUUCUAUCUACACUUGAAUCUUCCUCCUGAGCUUGACCUCCCUCUCCCCGCGACCACCCAGAUCUACCACCAGCCUCCGCGAAGCUAUUUAAUUCCAAGAUGGGACCUCGGUCCUGAGAGCGGAGCGUUCACAAGGAUCGAGUUCCCACCGCUGGGCAAAGGUUCUGGUUCCGUCACCCAAGAGGACGUUGACACAUUCGAGACUAUUCUCGCACAGUGCACGGCGUUCUUGGAACGCGCACAGGCACCUGUACCGUCCAAGGGCGCACCCAAAGCAUAUAACCCCGCCGAUUAUGCCCCAGGAGAGGGCUACAUUGGCAAUGACAGAGGAGGCGAGAUUGUAUUGAUCGACGAGGACAACGGGAGUGUCGUGGGUGAACUGGCAGAAGGAGCUUUGAUUGUCGAGGACCCCAAGAUCAAACACGGCUCGAAAGGCCAAGAUCCCGUGGAGAUUGUCGUAUCCCCCGACGGCAAGCGGAUCGAUAUCAAGCCCAUGGACGAGGACUACCUGUCAAUGGCCCGCCACCCUGCAUACAAGGAGUCAGGCCUGGUUCAGAAUGCCGCGGCCGCCUCCCGACUCAUCGUGACCGGGUCCAGCUACCUCAGCAACCUGAUGGUCUCUGGAGCAGAGGGUUUCAUGAAUAAGACCAAGCCGAACGAGAAGCCCAUGGUGUUCCAGGCGACCACCCACGAGCGCGUCCGCAAGAUCAACAACUUCACCUAUGGCGUCGCUGGGUUCUCCGCCAAAACGGUCGGACAGGUGACCAAGUACGCACAAAACAUCGGCGCAGGCAUGGCGGGGAAGAAAGCGAAGCAUUCCAAGAGUAUGAACCCGGACGGCACUCCCAAUACCACGUACAAGCCUGGUCUCCUGAACAAGUCGAUGAUAGCGUUCUCGACUGUCGCGGACGGCAUCGCGCAUUCGGGAAAGACGCUACUGACGCACGGCGGCGCCGCGGCGUCUGCCGCUGUUGGACACAGAUACGGAUCCGAAGCUGGUAGCAUCGCUGGCGACCUCGCAGGGGGUGUCAAGAACGUCGGACUCGUCUAUAUUGAUGUUACCGGCGUAUCCAGGCGGGCUGUCAUCAAAUCAGUCGCUAAGGGCAUGGUCGUCGGAAGAGUCAAGGGUGGAGGCCAAGUCGUCGUUGGCGGAGGGGAUGGUGGCGAGAUUCCCGCCGAGUUCAAGAAGAACGGCGAGUCGAACACUGGUGUCCCGUCGAAUCAAACUCCCGGCGUUGCUGGUCAGAUUGGGUAUGGCAAUGCCGCACCCCCAAGCUAUAAGUCUGGUGUUGGAGAGUCAAUCCAAGGCCAGCCCGCCUACUACCCGCCAGAGAAGCGAUAA